AUGCCCUGUGUGCAAGCGCAGUAUAGUCCUUCACCGCCCGGUUCAAAUUAUGCAGCUCAGACCUACGCGUAUGGCUCGGAGUACAGCUCGGAGAUCAUGAACCCUGACUAUGCCAAGCUGACCAUGGACCUGAGCAGUACUGAAAUCACUGCCACUGCCACCACCUCCCUUCCCAGCUUCAGCACCUUUAUGGAGGGUUACUCUGGCAGCUAUGAGCUCAAGCCUUCCUGCCUCUACCAAAUGCAAUCUGCCUCCUCCGGCCAGAGGCCCCUCAUAAAGAUGGAAGACACCCGGCUCUCCCCGUAUCAGCCCUCACUGCCACCCUCCACGGACGAGGGGAUGCCCAGCACUUCCAUGUACUUCAAGCAAUCUCCACCCUCCACGCCCAGCACGCCCGGCUUCCCCUCUCACCAGAGCCUGUGGGAUGAGCCGCCGCUGCAGCCCACGCAGACCUGCCUGCCGCCUGGCCACCUGAUGGACGCUGCCCCCAUGAAGACCGUGCCCCCACGCUUUCCCCUCUUCCACUUCAAGCACUCGCCUCCCCACACACCGUCCGCGGCCGCCCACAUGUGCUACGACCCUGCCUCCCUGAGCCUGCCCUUGGGCCCCGACAGACCCGCCGCCAGCCAGACGCCCAUGGAGAGCCAUUCCUACGGGCUUCACCUGGCCAAAAGACCAGCCACCUUAGCCUUCUCACCACUCGGCCUCAACGCCGCCGCCUCCAGCCUGAUGGGUGAGAGCAGCGGCCUCCCAUCCCCACCCAGCAGGAGCUCCUCAUCCGGGGAAGGCACCUGCGCCGUCUGUGGGGAUAAUGCCGCCUGCCAGCACUACGGGGUACGGACCUGCGAGGGCUGCAAGGGCUUUUUCAAGAGAACAGUUCAGAAAAAUGCAAAAUACGUUUGUCUGGCAAAUAAAAACUGUCCAGUGGACAAGAGACGUCGUAACAGAUGCCAGUACUGCCGGUUUCAGAAGUGUCUCAGCGUCGGCAUGGUGAAAGAAGUUGUCCGUACCGACAGCCUGAAAGGGAGAAGAGGCCGUCUGCCUUCCAAACCAAAGAGCCCCUUACAGCAAGAACCCUCUCAGCCCUCCCCGCCUUCUCCUCCCAUCAGCAUGAUGAACGCCCUCGUAAGAGCUUUAACCGACUCCACACCCAGGGAGCUUGACUACUCAAGAUACUGUUCCACUGACCAGGCUGCUGCAGGCACAGAUGCAGAACAUGUACAACAGUUCUAUAACCUUCUGACUGCCUCCAUUGACAUAACUAGAGGCUGGGCAGAAAAAAUCCCAGGAUUUACUGACCUCCCAAAAGAAGAUCAGACAUUACUCAUAGAAUCAGCUUUUUUGGAGCUGUUUGUACUAAGACUCUCCAUCAGGUCUGACACUGCUGAGGAUAAGUUUGUAUUCUGCAAUGGACUCGUGCUUCAUAGACUUCAGUGCCUUCGUGGAUUUGGGGAGUGGCUCGACUCUAUUAAAGACUUUUCCUUAAACUUAAAGAGCCUUAACCUUGAUAUCCCAGCCUUAGCAAGUUUAUCAGCUCUAACUAUGAUUACAGAACGACAUGGAUUAAAAGAACCAAAGAAAGUGGAAGAGCUAUGCAACAAGAUCACAAGCAGUUUGAAAGAUCACUUAACUUUCAGUUGCCAAAACAAAGGACAACCGCUUGAGUCUGCAGAGCCGAAGGUACUGGGUGUUCUGGCCGACUUGCGUUCUCUCUGCACACUGGGACUGCAGCGCAUCUUUUACCUGAAACUGGAAGAUUUGGUGCCAGCCCCUUCCAUUAUCGACAGGCUCUUCCUGGACACCUUACCCUUCUGAGUCAAACCGCCCUCCUGAAAGGCAAAUGCCCGACGGAGCGGGCAAACGGAUCGUGACUUACAGCUAACGUUUCUGCCCUCGCUUAACGGAAAAGCAGCUCCAGGUCUAAAGUGAGGUCUUUUCUGGCGCUUUGUCCUUACAACCUGAGGCCCAAAGCUUACUGGCUUCCUGGUUUGGGGCUGUGUUCUUUGUUUUCUUUUGUGUGAUUUGGGUUUUUUUAAAUGGCUAAUAUGGCACUUUUGGACAAUGCUAUCCCAGCAGCAGUAAAAGGUUAACAUGACUGUUUUCAAUCCGUUGUUUAACACCUCAUGCUAUAUGAGGAGCAAAGUUGUAGAAGCUGUGUUUGAGAACAAGAACAGCAACUAGUUGUUUGCCAGGGUAGUGUGUGUUUUGUGAGGAUACCUUUAGCAUACUUCUUGCGCGUCAAGGGCACAUACAUCAGCACAAUCUCAACGACAAAAAAAAAAAUCACUUUUUUAGCAAAGUACAUUCAAUCGAACAUUUCAUACGAAUCGAAUAUAGCAAAAUGACAAUGGCUGUUAGCUCCCACGUUCAAGUGCAAUUUUUUAAAGUGCUGUCUUACCAAGUCUCGUUUAUUAACUAAUUUAUUUUACUAUGACAACAAGCGGAAGAAAUCGAGUGAGAAAAUUACAUGCACUAACUUAGCUGACCGAGUUUUCCCAACUUGAUUCCAUGUAGCGCGACUUAUCGACACAUGUAAGCGGAAGACCCGGGAGCAAUUGUGGCUCAGUUGUUCCUUAGCUGAGGAAACCCGAGUAAGUAGCGAUUGGAGCAUACGGGGUCAGCAUCAGGGACAGUUCGGUUUGAGACUCCUAACGCAAGCGGCUGGUUAGUAAACGGACAGAAGGUGGUUUUCAAGAACAAGCAAGUCUUGUAAAAUAGUAUGAAUGUAAGUGCUAGGAAGGGCAUAGUGGGCUGCGUUUAAACAUUCCGUGUUCGUACUCCUUUUUGUAUGUUUAUACUGUUGAUGCCAUAUUAAUAUGAAAUAAUUUGUUGCAUAGUGUCUUUAUUUGUAUAAACGUUUGUAUGCAUGGUAUAUUGUAAUGGCUUUGCCUGUAUUUAUUGCAAUGACUGCCAGCUCAUGGGAGCCCUGUUACACACGAUAACGAAAUGGGGUGUUCACACUGACUCAGAUGCACCAGUUGGAAAACUAUAUACAUAUAUAUAAUGUGUAUAUAUAUAUAUGUAUAUACCUGUGUUUGUGUGCGUGUGUGCGCGCGCGUGUCUUUUUAUUAACCAUUUGUAUAUAGAAUAUCUGUCAAAUCACAAGCAGAGUUAUUUUACAGUCUAUUUGCAGUGACUUCUAAGGCAGUACUGUUUAGCACUUUGAUAUGAAAAUCUUGCUCAUGUUUUGCUAAAUUCAAAUAAUAUUUAAAAAAGUUUAGUUCUAAAAAAAGUUUAUAUGCACUGUAUUAAGUCGAACUUUUGUUGGUCAUUUUGCUAAGGAAAUUUUUGAAUGUCAACCUGAUGUCACUGUAUCUUUUGUUAGCUUUAAACAUUCUAGCUUUUGUCUUUUUUUAAACUAUGCUGUUUAUAUGGAAAUUAAAUUAUACAAUCAAACAGAUGCCAAAUGAAUUGCCUAAUUGCUGCAAAGGAUAACCCAGAUAUCGAGUCACUGUAUGGUUUUCAAAUAGUAAUCUGGUAUUUUAUCACUUACUAUGUUUGGAUGUGCUUUUAUGAAAAAAUUAUUCUUAUAUCAAGAUUUAUAGUAGUGUCAAUAGGGAAACAGACUUCUAAUCACUAUAGUUAAUAUUUCCGGUUUACCUGCAGAUAAUAUUUGGGAAAGUAUUGCUUUUUGUAUUGACUUUUAAGCUUAUGUGCAAACAUAAUAGCAUAAUUAAAUAUCAGAGAAGCUAAUGUUUCUUGUAGGUUGCUGUAACAAGCCUGACCAGCAAGACAAAUAUAUUUUGACUGAA